CCCAACAUUGUAUAUUGGAGAACAUGUACAUGGUUUAUAUGCCACACGUUCCUUAGUGGACCAAAAUGUUGUUACAAUAACAGCUUCAGAUUCUGGCCCUUUGUUACUAGGAGGUCCUUAUGCUCCAGGAAAUCCAAAAAUUUAUCAAGAACAUCUAUCUGGACAUAAUUAUUGGUUACCAAAAGAUUUCUUUAAAGAAGAAUACCCUAACUUUGAAAGUUUCCCAAUGUUUGGAGAACAUAUAUUAGUAUUUACUGGCCAUUAUAAUGUUCCACAAUUUAGCAGUCAAAAAAUUAUUGGAACUGGGAAGGAUUUAAAAUUAAUCACUGAUGAAAGUUCAGAGAAAAAUGUAAAUAGUAUCAAAGAAGAUGUUGCAUCGGAGGAUCCCGAAAAAAACAUUAAAAAUAUAAAUUCUUCCCAUAAGAGUUUGAGGCAUAGUAUCCGUGAUUUAUAUAAUGAUUUAAAGUUAUGGAUCAACCAUCAAGAAAACAAGGGAUUAAAACUUACUUUAAUUAUUCUAACAGGAUGUGUGAUAACUAUGUUUUGGUAUUUACAAAUUCAAGUACGUGAAAUGCAAAACUUAUCACAAAAUAGUUCUCGUUCCAGUGAGAAAGGUUCAUAUGGUCAUAUUACUGCCAUUUCUGAGGAGCUCUCUAACGAUUUGGUUCGAGUUGGUAAAAUAAUAUUUCAUCCAGAGCAGUUAUUGGGAAAAGGUUGCGAGGGUACUUUCGUGUAUAGGGGAGAAUUUGACAACAGGAAAGUAGCAGUAAAGAGACUGUUACCCGAGUGUUUCAAUUUCGCAGAUCGUGAAGUAUCUUUAUUGAGAGAGAGCGAUGCUCAUCCUCACGUUAUACGGUAUUUUUGUAUGGAACAAGAUAGAAUGUUCAGAUAUAUAGCCCUUGAACUUUGUCAGGCAACUCUGUCCGAUUAUGUGGAAGGGAAAUGUAAUACAAGCGCCAUUAAACCCUUAGAGAUUUUAAAACAAGCUACUUUGGGACUUGCACAUUUACAUUCCUUAGAUAUUGUUCAUAGAGAUAUAAAACCUCAUAAUGUCCUUCUUUCACUUCCCGAUAAGAGAGGAGAGGUUAAAGCUAUGAUAUCUGAUUUUGGACUUUGUAAAAAACUCCAAGUUGGAAGAGUAUCAUUUUCGAGGAGAUCAGGUAUCACCGGAACAGAUGGAUGGAUUGCCCCUGAAAUGUUAAAUGGAGGGGGACGGACGACAUAUGCUGUAGACUUAUUCUCCCUUGGGUGUCUGUAUUACUAUGUUCUGUCAAAUGGUUUUCAUCCAUUUGGAGAUAGUCUGAGGCGCCAAGCAAAUAUACUUGUUGGGGAAUAUGCUUUGUCAGAAUUGAAAGGUACCGAGUGGCAAGUAAACAUUCAAAUACCUUUAGUGGCCGCCCUAAUUUCUUCGAAACCAGAGGAGAGACCAUCCUGCAAUGCAGUUCUAGAACAUCCGAUAUUCUGGAGUUACACUAAGAUAUUAUCAUUUUUUCAAGAUGUUAGCGACAGAAUUGAAAAAGCAGGAGCCGAUGAUUUUGUCUUACAGGCUUUAGAAAACGAUGGUAAAAGAAUUGUUAAAUUAGACUGGAGAGUUCAUAUUCACGAAGAAGUUGCCACAGAUUUAAGAAAAUACCGUACGUACCAUGGAGAAUCUGUACGAGAUUUGUUGCGUGCUUUGCGGAACAAGAAACACCACUUCAGAGAGCUAUCGGCAGAAGCCCAAACGUCCUUAGGCGAUAUCCCUGAAGCUUUUACGAAUUAUUGGACGAGUCGUUUCCCACUACUUUUAGUGCAUACAUGGAUCAUGAUGCAGUGUGUAGCAUAUGAAACGACAUUUAAAAACUAUUACCAUGAAACACAUCGUUAUUCAGUAGUCUGUUUCAAGAACCAAAUUAAAACAUAUACUGAACAUACCUUAAAUUUAUCAGACAAUGAAUAUACAAAACAUUUUGAGCCUAAUAUGAGAGAGACCAUAGAACGCAGAAAAUAUAUGUCCAAAAGAUAUUCAAAAAUUUCAUCCGGUAAACAGAAUGAAAAACGGAUAAAAUAUAAUUUACAACAAUCAGCAGGUUUGUAUAGAAAUUUAGUAACAAAUACCCAGAGUUUGGAAGAAAGCACUGUGGAAACUGAUGAAACAAGUAGAAGAAAUUUGAAGAAAAUGCAUGUAUUAAAAAAAAGUGCUAAAGCAAAAAAAGUCGAUGAGCCCUUGUCAUGGGCUAUCAGUGAUAGAUAAUACUUUAACUUUUUAUUGUGUUCUGAUUUCAGAUCUCUACAAUUUGUUUGUUUCAUGCGCAUAAAUAUAGACAUUCUCCGUUAAAUGGAGGUUGUCAUCCAAUUUUUUUUGCUCCUUUGCACAUUGCACUGUUUCAGUUUGUCUCCAUAUCCAAAACUGAAUUAAUUUCUAAAUACUAAAAUAAAUGAAAACAAUUUGCCAAUGGCAAAGCAAAGUUCUUUUAAAACAUUUGAUUCGUCAGAGUAAAUUUACAUAAAUAAGUGGUACAGCUUAUUGCUGUAAGACUACAUAUGAGUAAUUUGUAAUUUUUUAAUUGUACAUGUGAAAAUUAUUAACUGACGAUGAAAAGAAGGAAGAAGUUGCCAAUAGAUAUAUGUAUAUAUAGGGCGUCCGAAAUCGAAAGGAACAUACUUCAGUGGCAGUUUCUUUGAGCAAAGACUUUCAAAAAAGAAAUUGUGUAUUUUGCAAUUUUUUUUUAAGAUGACCUCUUAGAUAUUUCGGUGAAGUUUAAAAUAUAUGAGUAUUUGUGGUAGGCAAAAAUGAAUAUAAGCUGAUUUUUUACCUAAAACAUAGAGGUCUGUUGUUAGUCUGUUGUUUUUUUUGGCCAUUAUUUCUUAUGUGUAGAGAUUUUGAGAUAUUAUGUUGUUUUUUUUUACGUGUAACACGGGGUAUAGCUUUAAGUGGGGGCCAUAUUUACCUUUGACCUUUAGAAACACCUAUCAAUAGUUUAUUUUUUCAAAUUCCGUCAUGAAAACUAUUUUUUUUUUUAAAUCUUUUUUUAAUAAUUUUCCUAUUCCGCCUCUGGACAAGCUAAUGUGAUCUCAAACAAAGGCACGUGUUAGUCGCAGCUCAUGCACAAUUGACAACUGGGCUAUGCAUUGUUGCCAAAUCUCAUAAUUUAAAAAAUAGACUAUUAAAAAGCAAAUUUCACUUCACCUGCCCUGAGGUACUGCUCUUUGGGAUAACCCAUCUGAUAUCGUCUUCUUGCAGUAGAAUCUAUUUCUCCGAACAGAUAGUAGGCUCUUAUCAUAUCAGCUUCUUGAUGCUUUUUCAUAAUAUGACUUAAAAACUUGAAAAAGAAAACACAAUACACUACCGUCCUAAACACUGAUAUAAAUAACUUUAUAGGGUUAUACACUUACACCACACAAAGCUACUAUAUAAACAGCUUUUCACAAAACGAUAUAGUCAAAUACUAAAUAAGAAUGUAAGAGACGAUAUAUUUGGCCAACCCCAUUCCGUCAAAUUAAUGUGGCAGUUUGUUUUUAACGCGUUUACUCGUCAUAUCUGAACACCUGCAACAUCGACAUGUAAAGAGAACAGCAGAGGCUUUCCUCCAUUGCCCCCCCUUCGAUCAGUGUUACAGGUCAUUGACACUGACAUUCAAAAGUAAAAUAUGUGCUGCUUAAAAAAGCAGCAACAUAUAAAUG